UCAGAAUGUUUGUCAUCUGUGUUUGAGGGUGAUAGAGCGAGGGAGGCAGAGAGGGGAAAGAAGAGGCAAAGAGAGGAAGGGAGACGGACUUUUAUAAAUAUAAGGUAGUGUGAAAUUUGGCUUAAAGAGGAAAGAAAAAGUUUCAAAGCCUCUUGUGACCCGUCGGUGUCCUUGGACAGAAGUGAUCCACCAUGGGUCUGAGUUCAACAGUGGGAAGUCUUCUAAUUUCGGGUUUCAUCGGGUUAUAUGGGAUCUGUACUGGAUUUGAGCAUGAGAACUGUACCAACUACAAGACCCAGUUUGAGAGGGUUAUCUUGGUUUCUGGGGACAUGGCUAUGCUGAAUAGCACCUUAGUAUCUCCAGAUGUCUUUGACAUCACAACUGUCCCAUACAGCAUCACCUGGUAUGACCCAAAGACGGGUCAAUUAAUGAGCAACCAGACCGGUCGAACCCUUGUGCAUGGAGAGACUCUGUGGUUUCUUAACGCAACGCUGGAGGACAGUGGGGAAUAUGUGACCAUACUGAGAACUCCUUUUCACUGCUACAUGCAGGCCACCAGCCUGUUAGUGGAACCACCAGUUGCUGGAGAGUGUGGAAACCCAAGGAAAGUUGAUCAAUCACUUACACUUGGAGUCGCUGACACCCUGUCCUGCCCUCUGAAGGACUAUAUCAAUAAACUGGACAGCUACAACAUCAGUUCCUCCCUCACGUGGUACAGAGGUUGUGAGCCCAUAGUGGAGGGGAAAGAUGGGUAUAGCUACAGGGAUAGGACCAAAAUUUCAAUUAAAAAGGUGGAAGAGCAACACAACAGCACCCACACCUGUACUCUGACCUUCACCCUCGGUGGCAUCACGGGAUCCGUGUCAGAGACAAUUGAAACAAAGGUCACAGCUGUGUACUCUAUGGUUCCACAAGUGCAUGAACCAGCCAAUGAAAUAAUCAAGGCACAGAUGGGGUCCAGUUUCACCAAACGGUGCCGUGUGUUUGUGCCGGGUAUCGGGACGCACUUUAUUGAUGUCAUUUGGUCAGGCAGAGAUUACAUUUUCAAUGCCGACCCCUCUGACCGAGUCUACACAUCAGAACAACGUUUGUCGAUACAGCAUAGUCCUAAACCAGGUUUCUGGUUGGAGCGUCUGUUGACGGUUUCUGAGCUGAGGGAAGAAGAUUUUCACAUCAACUACACUUGUAUAGUGUUCAGUUCCCACGGCAUGCCUAAGGGAUAUUUUACUCUGCUACCAGCAGGUAGAAAAUAAGCGAUAAACCGAGAUUAAUUAGUCAGCCGAUUAACUGUUUGUUUGUUUUUUCACAAUCUUAGUUUUUUUUUGAUAACCUGUGGAUAUGUUAUUCAAAAUAAUAAGUAAAGUGCAUAUCUACUUAAGCAAACAUACAGAGACAAUGCACAUUUUUCAAAUGUUUGUUCAAGUAAAUAAUACAUUUGUGUUAAAUAAAUAUUCAUUUAAGUUCA